GCUAAUUCUAGACUUCGAGUCUACAGAUUGACCCGAAUGUAUACGACCGAGUGCUUGUAAUUCAAUCCAGGAAUUUGCCACACCUCAGGUAUAAGAAUGCCCUGGAAUAUUUGGAUUUUGUUUUAUUGAUACCCCUUUCUCAGGAUAUCAUAAACCCUUUGUAUAGCUUCCUUACCAUCUACCGCCAUUAUGAAGACUAAAGCUUGGGAGGUCCCCGAGGUUCACGACGUUGCAGCUGGGGACAAGGAGGCAAGGGGAUAUGUACGAGCCUAUUUGCAACGAUUCGGUUAUUUGGACCGAUCCAGGGCUCCCGAUCAGUACAGCUUCGAGGAGGAUGAUAGUGCCGCACUGGGCCGUAUGCAGCGAUUCCUGGGCCUGUCUGUAUCCGGCCAAUAUGAUUCCGAUACAGCCGAUGCGAUGAAGGCCAAGCGAUGCGGUUUCCCUGACACCCCCAAUUCUAUUGCAAGUUUUUCCCUGCGAAACGCUUGGCCUCGCCGACCUCUGACCUGGAAACUUGUCAACCUUGUCCACCCAACUGUGGGUCUGUCAAGAAAACAGAUCUACGCGUCUCUCAAGGCAGCCCUUGAUAGAUGGGAAAUGUUUCUACCCAGAGAUAUGUGGUUCGAGAUGAUUCCUGAUAGAAACAAUGAAAAUGGAAAUAAUGUCCAUGGUAUUGAUGAUCCAGAUGCCGCUGAUAUGCUCGUCAAAUUUGCGAGACAAAAUCAUGGUGAUGGCGCCCCGUUCGACGGUCCUGGGAAUGUGCUCGCGCACGCCUUCUUCCCGCCUCCUAAUGCCGGUUAUCUCGCAGGUGACCUGCACUUUGACGAGGACGAGGACUGGACUCAAGAAAAUUUUCUCAUGCAGGUUGCUCUCCAUGAGUUUGGCCACUCCCUGGGACUUGCGCAUUCAGCGGACCCGAAUGCUGUCAUGUAUCCUUUCUUCAAAGGAAGGUCAGAGCUUCAAGAUGAUGACAUCGCGGGUAUUCGGGAGCUCUAUGGUGGCUAGGGUGAUUUGAAAGUUGAGUUUAUGGUUAAGUACUUUUUUUAUUUCAUUUAUAUUUCAAUUUUUUCUUUUGGAAAGCCUAAUAUUGGACGAACUCAAGAUUGUACCAUGAGGUCUUUUUAGUCCUUGCAAUAACAUGGUUAUCAGCUGCAUC